ACCCUAAACACAGAGACACAGAGAGAGGAAGAAGACUCAAAGAAAGUGUGUGGUAGCUGCUGCGAAAUCACACACUUAGGGUUUUCGCAGCAGCAAACUUAUAAAUAAGAUGUCUCCUUCUCUCUCGCAAGCCAAAUCUCUCCGUCUCCUUCUUCCUCAGUCUAUCUCACUAAUUCCUGUUCAUCGGCGAGGUUAUGCAGUUGCGUCUGAUGUUUCGGUAAGAGUUGGAUUGGGUAAUAAUGUAGGGCGUAGGAGUGGAAUCGUGGGAGGUGCAGAAGAAAAGCCUGUGACAAGAGAUGGUGCAAAAGCCUAUUCUGACUGGGCCCCAGACCCAAUAACGGGUGACUACAGGCCCAUCAACCACACCCCUGAAAUUGACCCGGUGGAGCUCCGACGGAUGUUGCUUAACCACAAGUUCAAAUCGCCACAAUAGACUUUUAAAACCAUAAUAUCUCCAAUUUUCACCUAGGAUUUGGCUUGGCUUGGUAGGGUAAUCUUGUGUUUUCGUACGUUAAACAGUUCGAGUUAAACUAUGUCCUGUGUACUCGAAAAAAGUAGUUUUAAGUUAAAUUAUGAUGUUUUUAUAAUAUUUGUGCUAUAUUUAGUUUCUGCUUAUCUAA